AGAAAAGAAGAGAAAGAAAGAACAGAAGCCAGAGCGAUCUCACAGACUCUGAGAGAGAGAGAGAGAAAGAAGAGAAGAGUUUACAGAGAGAGAAAGAGAAAGCCGCCGGAAUAUUCCUUAAGAUAUCGGCGAUCCUGCCGGAAGGAGUUUACGGUGAUCGGAGGCGCGGUUUGGUGUUCGGAUCCGGCGAGGAGCGAGGAUGGUGAAUUCUAUGGUGGAGCGCGCCACGAGCGACAUGCUCAUCGGUCCUGAUUGGGCGAUGAACAUCGAAAUCUGUGACAUAUGCAACCACGACCCUGUGCAAGCAAAGGAUGUUGUCAAAGGUAUAAAGAAGCGUCUUGGAAGUAGGAAUUCAAAAGUUCAACUUCUUGCCCUUACUCUGUUGGAAACAAUUAUAAAGAAUUGUGGAGAUAUUGUUCAUAUGCAUGUAGCAGAGAGAGACCUCCUCCAUGAGAUGGUGAAAAUAGUAAAAAAGAAGCCGGACUAUCAUGUCAAAGAGAAGAUACUGAUUCUGAUAGAUACCUGGCAAGAAGCUUUUGGUGGCCCUAGAGCAAGAUAUCCACAAUACUAUGCUGCAUACCAGGAAUUGUUGCGUGCUGGAGCAGUAUUCCCUCACAGAUCUGAGGCCGCUGCUCCUGUAUUCACACCUCUGCAGACACAACCAUUGUCAUCACUCCCUCAAAAUUUGCACAAUCCAGAUCAUCCAAAAGAUAUACCUGAGCCUUCUAAUGAGCCCGAGUUCCCAACAUUAAGCUUGACUGAAAUUCAGAAUGCACGGGGUAUUAUGGAUGUCCUGUCGGAAAUGCUAAGUGCUAUAGAUCCAGAGAACAGAGAGGGGCUUAGACAGGAGGUUAUUGUUGAUUUGGUUGAACAGUGUCGUACAUAUAAACAAAGGGUGGUACACCUUGUUAACUCGACUUCGGAUGAAUCACUACUAUGUCAAGGACUAGCACUGAAUGAUGACUUGCAACGUCUUCUAGCCAAACAUGAAGCCAUUGCUUCAGGCAAUCCAGUUCAACCAGAUAAACCCAAGGCUGGACCUUCUGGAAAACUUGUAGAUGUCGGGGGUCCUCUUAUUGACACUGGAAGUAAUGACAAACAGCUUGAUGGGAGAUCCACUUCAAGUGCUGGUGCAAGCUCGAACCCACUUAAUCAGUUAUUACUUACUGGACCUCCAACUACUAAUGGUGCAACUCCUACGACAAAGGUCGAUCCCAAGAUGGAUCUUCUUAGCGGAGAUGACUUUAACUCACCGAAGGCAGAUUCACUGGCUCUUGUCCCUGUUGAUCAGCAGCCAAGUAGUACUUCUGGCUCCAAUGCCCUUGUUCUUAUGGACAUGUUUUCUGAUGGGAAUAGUGCCCCAAAUCCUGUUAAUACACAUCCUCCUCAUGCGGGCAACCAAACCAGUCCAUUAAACGCACAAUUUCAACAGCAGCGGAAUUUUCAAGGUACACAAGGGGGAAUUCACCCAAAUGGAAAUGUCCCAAACAUGGGAGCACCUCAGUAUGAGCAGUCACUGUACGCGCAAGGUGGUGGUCCUGCUUGGAAUGGUCAGAUUAUGCAGCAACAGCAGCAGCCGCCUUCGCCAGGAUAUGGUUCACCAACCAGUGGAUCAUUACCACCACCUCCCUGGGAAGCGUCAGCAGAUGAUGGAAGCCCAGUAGCAGGUUCUCCAUAUGCACCACCGAUGCAAGGUGGUUUCCAUCCACAGGGACCUCAACGGUCAACUAGUGACCCGGUAGUUGGUAUGUACAUUCAACCAAUUACAAGCAACCAUUUGUCAGCAAUCAAUCAGCAGGUUGCUCCAAGCAGUCAGUUGGGUUUGGCACCUUCUCAACCACUUCAAGGUCCAUCUAUGGGUAUGCUUCCACAGCCACCUAGUCAAGCCAGUAAUAUGUCAUCCACUUACCCUCAACAAAUGUAUGGCAAUCAAAUGGUCCCCUAUGGCUAUGAUCAGCAGCAGCAACAACACUAUCAUCAGCAGCAGCAGCAGCAGGCGCAAUAUCUUCAGCAGCAGAUGCACGGUCUGUCUGUUAAUAAUAAUGGUAUGAGAAACUCUUACCAGGCUCCUACAUCAUCAUCGUAUGUCCCGCCUAGCAGGCCAGCCAAGCCAGAGGACAAGCUGUUUGGAGACCUUGUUGACUUUGCAAAACUGAAACCAAAACCCACGGGCAGAACUGGUAGCCUCUGA